ACUGACCUCUGUGAUUGUUUUUGUUUAUGCCAUCUUGGAAUAAAUUAAUCGUUUUCACACAUGGUUGCGGACACGGACUUGAAGUUCAAGCAGGCGUGGCAUAAGCUUUACUUCGAGGUUUUCGUUGUGAGUUGCAGUAGAGGUUGCAUCUAACGCUCAAAAUGGCUACGAACGCUGAUCACCAAACACAAAAAAUUACUAUCAAAAAGAAAACUGUCAAAGUCACGAAUCAACGAGAUGAAGUAGAAUUUCCAAAAGCAGUGAAAAAAGAAGGCAAAUACUUAUUACCAUGGAAAACUGAUGAAGUACCACCAGAUGGUUGGAGUAGUUUCAAGUAUUUCUUUACGCCAGAUAACAGUAAUGUUCCAGCAGAAAAGAAGUUGGACGAAGAACCCCUUAUGCAAGUAAUGACUGCUGAUAGUAGUAGAAUUGAAAAUCCACCAGAGAAUGGUAUCAGAGUAACAUGGCUUGGUCAUGCCAGUGCAUUAUUUCAGUUAGAUAAUGUCAAUAUUUUAGUUAACCCUAACUUCAAUAACCGUGGAAUUAAAUACUACCAUCCAGGUGACAACAAGCGAUAUCGUCCACCAGUUUAUGAAGUUAAAGAUUUACCAAGAAUCGAUUGUGUCUUUAUAACUAAUUCCCAUUUUGAUUAUCUUGAUCUCUCUUCCGUCAGACAGCUCAAUGAACGAUUCGGUGAGAUGUUAUUAUGGUAUGUACCACAAGGUGUUGCUGAAUGGAUGGGCAAAGCUGGUUGUGUAAAUGUUGUUGAGUUAGACUGGUGGAAAGAAGAUGAAGUAGACUUCAUUGAUCAUACCAAGCUCGAUGAUGAAGAGGACACAAAUACAACUACUUUUAACAUUGCUUGCACACCAUCACAAAAUUAUCAUGACAGAACCUUCGACGACGACAAUGCAGUCUUGUGGUGCAGUUGGGUAAUAAUGAGUCCUAGGUACAAGCUUUUUGUAUCAGGUGCCACUGGUUAUUGUAACGUUUUCAAAUCAAUUGGACGUAAAUAUGGGCCAUUCCAUAUGGCAGCUCUGCCUGUUGGUGGCUAUGAGCCAAAAUGGAAAAAUGGAUAUGGAAAUGUAACUCCUGAACAAGCUGUUCAGAUUCAUCAGGACAUUUUGGCCAUGUGCUCCUUAGCUUUAUCCUGGGGAACUUUCACUGUUGGCAAUGAGUAUUACUUAGAGCCCCCGCGACGAUUAAAUGAUGAACUACGUAAACAAGGACUAUCCGAAAUGCAAUUUUUCUUGUUAAAACAUGGUGAAUCGAGGCUAAUCGAGAUCAAAGAAGCUGAUAAGGAAGAAGAGCCAAAGGAGAACGGACACGCUGAACAUUGUGACGCAGCCGAAGCAGGAGAAGUGCAAACAGAACCCGAAGCUGAUGAAGAGAAAAAAAAUGAUGCCGAUAUGCUUCAAGAGUUAAUCGCUAAUUUGGAUGAUGACCCCCAACCAGAAGCGGAACGCAACGAAGACGACGAUUAAACAAAGACGUGUGAAUACAAAAAAGAAUAAACUUUCAGAGUGUUCUAAUACCACCAGAUAUUACUAUCCCAUCAAGGACUGGAAAUCCGUUAGUUGAAUCUGUGAUUUAGGCGUGUUCGAUGGUUAUUUGUACGUUUUUUCUAGACUUAACUGCGCAACAUUCUUUUUAUUAGCAUUUCUACUACUUACAACUGUCACUAAAAACAAUUUCAGCCUAACCUUUUUAUUGUGUGUUUUUGUUUUGUUUUUCGAAUGAGCCUACGGGAGAUAUUUUUUAUUAGUAUCGCAAUAUUUUGUAAUUUAUACGUUUAUAUAUGUUCGUUUAUUUUUUGGACGUGUUUGUACAUACCCUGCCAUACAUACAUACAUUCCCCAUGCCCGCUCACUUUUGCUUAACCACGAGCGUUUUAACUCUGCCGCAUUGCAGCAUUUAGCUAGGGGCUGGUAACCCUACGUCGACUUUUGAUGUUAAUAUCAAAGGUAGGUUUACACUAAGUUAAAAGCGUCGUGUCGGGGUUUUUUAGAGCACCUAGAAAUUUAGUGUUAUUUGAUUUAACUUAUACUUGACGUAGGUUUGUGGGUAAACUCUUGUAAUUUGUACUGACACAGAAAAAAUUCUUGAUUGGAUAGAAAA